AUGGCCGAGGCGGUUGCCAAGGAGAGAGCAUUGGAUGCGACGGUCAACGUGGUAAGGGUCCAGCACAAGAAGGGCCAUGCCAUCCUCGACCGCGGCGAGGAGUCGCCUGCUGGCAUCAGGCCUGACCAGUUGCCCCUGUGCGAUUUCACAGAAGGCGAAGCGCCAGUAAGGCACGUCGUGGACAUCAUCUCCGAGCACGUCGGCGAAGUCCCAAAAUACGACAUUCGCAAGUGCCUGGGCAGACAGAACCCUGCCUACGGUGAGCUCCCAGAACCUUUCCGCUUGAAGGACGCGGGUGGCGUCUCGUACCACAUGUCUAUAUUCGCCAUUUCCCUCGAGGGCGGCAAGUUCGCGGCGGUCAAGGUGAUCGAGAUGGUGGACAAGCAGAAGAAGGGCUUCUUGAAGGGCUUGUGCGUCGGAGCGCCCCAAAUGAUCAGUUGGGGCGAGAUUGGCGGGUCGAACGCCCAUCGCAACCUCAAGGCCUUCCAAUGCAUGAUCGAGGGGCUGGGCGGCUUUCAAGCCCGCGCGCUCGGGUUGGCCCCCUCCUCAAAGGAGGAGGGCGAACUCGACGAAGACGCCGUCGAAGCAGGCUUCGAUUACAUCUACGACGAGGGCCCGCGGCACACGGAGAAGCUUAUCCAGCUGAAGUGGAUCGCCAAGAGGACCCACAAGCAGGCGAACUGCCCGAUCGCUGGGUGGCGGGACGGGCUGGUGAAGGAGGCGUCGCGCCAGCUCGCGCAUGCCGGCGCCUUUGCGACCGCGCAGACUUUCUUCGGCAUGACAAUGGCGGACUGCGAGAUGUACAUGGUAGACUUGGGGGCGCGCCUGAUGGCGUCGAGGAAGCUCAAGGGUAACUGGUUCCUAGGCAAAGCUGGGAUCGGAAAGCCCCCAUACAUCAAGUCUCUCAUGAUGUGCUUCAGCCGCCAGGCGCGCGUCGACGCGAUGGGGCGCACCGAGGAAGCACUCAACGGAUCGUACCGCGUGUGCUCUGAGAUGGAUUUCUUCAGGGGUCGCCCUGGGCUGGUUGACGCGCCUGACAUCUUCGACGACGGCGACUCUUCCACCCAGCGCCCCAGAGUUCUCAAGGCUUUCGGUGACAUUGCGUCAGAGGAAGCGGUGGCCAUGGCGCGGUGGGCUGGUCGUCGGUGGGCCAAGGGUCAGCCCAGAGCGUUGCUGGGCAACAAGUACGACCAGCGCGCAGAGCCUGCCGCGCAAGGGGCCGCCAACUCCAAGAACGGCGCCGAGACCAUCACGCAUGAGCAGAUCAUGUCUUUGAUCCGCCCAGCCUGGCCAAUCGACAUGCUGUAUCCAGACCAAGUGGCCGUUCCCAAGCGCAACAACUUCGUCGUGCAGACUGACCUCUGGCUCUACAUUCGGUUUGCGACAGAGGACGAGGUGCCUGUUCACAGGUUCCCAGUGCCCGAGAAGCGGACGUGGAUCCGCAAGACGAGCGAACCCAAGUGCGGCGCCAUCCUCGAGGGGGCGGCGGGCGUGCCUGACGGGUACAAGGCGGCAUUGGAGUGGGAGUGCCGUUGGGCGGACCACGUGCUGCGGGGCGGCCCAGCGCCUGGCCCGCAGCCCAUUGACCCGAUGUGGACUAGGAGCGACGUGCCGCUUGACGCCGGCCAGGCCGCAGAAGCUUUCAACGACAAGCAGCGCGUGACCGAGUUCCUCCGCGAUGUGCCCGCGGAGCACCGCGCGACGUCGCCCGACCCUUUCGCGGAUGGCUUCAGGCGCGACCGCCGCGGGGUUGACAGCGACGACUACGAGGACGAUGAGGAUGAUGAUCCGCCGCGCGGGACCCUCUCGCAGGAGCUCGAGCGGCUGCGGGGUCUCCACCAGGCGGGCGCCAUCACGCUCGUGGAGUUCAACUCCUUGAAGAAGAGCGUGAUCGGAGAGCUCGCGCCCGCCAAGAAGGAGAAGGGCAAUGCCAAGCAGGAGCGGGCGCGCCGCACGCCGAUCAAGAAGGACCCCGCUGGCGCGACCAUCAACCGUACUUCUAAGCCCUCAACAGGCGUCGUGGCGAUCGGCUCGGAUUCGGACUGA